AUGUAUCAACUGGAUACUAUGGAUUCUAAGACGUCAAACAAACGAACAGAAAAAAUAAGUUUGUAUUAUCAGCUUUAGACGAAUUAGUCAAAUUGUUUCGAAUUUAAAAUGGUUUUCGAAGGGCAUCAGCCGCGGUAAUUAAAGCACGGGUAAAGCAAAUUUUAAUCAUUAGAAGUUUUUAUCGUCGUUAGAGCUCUCUUACUGUUUAACAGUUGCAAAACAUGUCCAAGUAACAUAAUCGUUUCUCCCUAAUUGAAUUUAUGAAAUAUGUUAAAAGGUGCCAACUAACGUGAUUCUUUAUCUACUUCAUUUUCAUUCUAAUUAACAUCUUCGAUAAGAAAAUACUUACGUGAACUAUUAAAGGAACAUUUCAAUCUUGACGAAUUUCCAAACAAGUAAGUAAACCUAUAGCUGAACUAAAAAUAUUUGUCGAAAUAAUUUUUUAAUUAUAUGCACUAAAUUCAUUUAAAUUUAGAUAACAUUUUAUGCUUCUAUUUUAUUCUUCUACAGGCUAGUUUAUUCGGUAAUAACUUUAUUUACUGGUAAUUUGGAGAUAAUGAAUUAUUAGUUAUCUACUUAUGUAUGUAUUUUUCUAGUUACUAACAAAAAAGGAGCAUUAAUUAUUUUUUACUCUAUAAGCAAUUUCAGUUUACAAUGACAAAAUUUGAAGAAACUUUACGUAACAACGACAUUUUCGAUCAUAAUCAACAAAAUUUAUUCACAAACAAUUCCUUUGUAGUGGUCAAAAAGGAUGAAUCGAAAAUAGCACUACUAACCAAGGUAAAAUCGCUAAUUUUCCAACGGCUUUUCAUUUUGCAAUGGCUACCGAAAUACACCAAAAACGACGUCCUGGCGGAUUUGAUAGCUGGUCUAACUUUAGGCCUUACAAUGAUGCCUCAAUCAAUAGCCUACGCCGGUUUAGCUGGACUUAAACCCCAAUAUGGAUUGUACACAGCUUUCAUAGGAUCUUACACUUACAUUUUCGUAGGAACAAUCAAAGAGGUUUCAAUCGGACCUACCAGCCUAAUGUCCCUGUUAACUCACUCGUAUACAGCGGGGAAACCCACAGAAUACAUUAUCCUUCUAACAUUCGUCGCGGGCUGCGUGGAACUUCUAAUGGGCGUUUUAAAUUUAGGCUUCCUGGUGGAUUUCAUAUCGCCUUGUUUAUCGUCCGGAUUCGCUUCUGCCACCGCCGUAAUCAUCGUAUCAACUCAAUUAAAAGGCUUCCUGGGCGUUAAUAUCAAAAGCCACGACUUGAUCGGUAUAUUGAAAGAGCUCUUUGAAAAGAUCCACGAAAUUCGACCGGCCGAUACCGCCUUGGGAUUCGUUUGUAUCGCCUUUCUAGUCGCUCUAAAGUACGUGAAUAGGAUAAAAGUGGCCAAUCCAGCGGUUAAGAAGUACCUUUGGAUACUAUCCAUAUCGAAAAACGCCUUGGUUGUAUUACUAGCAACUGUCGCAGCUGCUCUUUGGGACCAACACAGCCAUUGCCCGUUUAAAAUAACAGGCGAAGUACCCAAAGGGGUGCCUUCUUUUAAACUGCCAUCUCCUCCGGUUGCUGUGGGGAAUGAGACAGCAAUCGGCUACGUGGAUAUGCUGCAAUCGCUGGGCAGCGGGCUCAUCGUGAUACCUUUAGUGGCUGUUUUGGCCAAUGUGGCCAUAGCGAAGGCUUACUGUUCCGAUGUGAUAGUGGAUGCCUCGCAGGAGAUGAUAUCGUUGGGAUUGAGCAACAUAAUGGGUUCGUUCGUGCGGGCCAUGCCCAGUACUGGGGCUUUUACGAGAUCCGCGGUGGCGAGCAGCAGUGGCGUACGGACGCCCCUUCAAGGAUUAUAUUCGGGUACGCUGAUUCUUCUAGCGCUGACUUUUCUGGCUCCGUAUUUCUACUAUAUCCCCAAAGCUGCUUUGGCUGCUGUGUUGAUAACAGCAGUAAGCUCGUUGUUCGAUUACAAGAUUUUCCCUAUACUUUGGAAAUGCAACAAAAUCGACUUUUUCAUCACGUUGGGAACUUUUAUCAUUGGAAUAUUCGUCGGUGUAGAAGCGGGAAUUGUUGCAGGUAGCUUGUGCAAUUUAUUGGUGCUGUUGAAGUUGUGGACGAGGCCUAAAAUUUUAUCGGAAAUUAAAGAGAAACCUGGUAAAAUCGGGCAUUAUGUAUACAUUAAACCCGAAUUAGGGCUAUAUUACGCUGGUGCGGAUUACAUUUCGGAUUGUAUCAAGAAAAUUAACAAAGAAAAUCCUGGUUUGCCUAUCGUUUUAGAUUGCGCAAAUAUCAUUAGAUUAGAUUAUACCGCUGCUAAGACUCUAGAAAACUUAUUAAUUAAAUACAACGCUACAGAAAUCGGAUUAUUUAUGAUAAACGUCAACGCCAACGUUCUCUCCAGUUUCAAAUCAGUUACUGAUACUAAUUAUUUAAGUCUGUGUAGUAGUUCAGAGGAUAUUGUAGAAAUUGUUAUCACAGAUAAUGCUGGGGAAAACGAAGAAGCAAAAGCGUUAUUAAAUGGCGAAGAGGGCAUAAGGAAAAUGUCGAUUAUAUCGAAAAUGGCGAGAUUUGCUUCGGUCAAUCAAAGGAAACACUCGAUAAAUAGUAUAGAAUAAAAACGUGAUUAUAAUAAUCAUUUUAUAGAUUACCUACUUUAUUGCUAUUAUUUGUGAUAUGUAAGUAUAAUUUUGAAUAAAACGUAGUUUAAUUCAUAUCACCUCUAUUUGAUAAAAUACAAUUUUCAUUUCACAUUCAAAGAUAUUGCUGAUACAAAUCUAGCACAAUUUUUUUGAGCAAACUGUGUAUAAAUACAAAUAUUGCAGGACUAGAAUAUAAUUCUUAAGAUUAGGUUACAAAAAAUACAAGUUAGGCACAAACUUUUACCACAAUCAAUAAAAAGUAACAAUUCAUGUGUUUUUUUUAUUAAAUGUAAGUAUUGAGAAAAUACAUUACAUUCGAAAUUGAGUAUAUUCUACUCACAUAUUUUUAAACCCGAGCCAAAACUGGUAUACAAUAUUACUUUCUAUUAUGGGCAACAAUUACACAGGAUGUAAUACAAAUUCCAGAAAUUUAAUUUCUGUAUUAUUUUUCUACAUUAAUUUCUUUUUCAAUGUACUAUUCAU